ACAAGAGAAACUAAGCAAAGCAGCCACAGAGAUCUUAACCUAGCUACUAAGAAUAUGGCAAUCCAGCAGCCUCUCCUUGAAGCUCCCAAAACUAUUACUUCCCACUGCAAACCCUACUCUCUAGUUCUCUGCUUAGUUGCUGUUAUAAGCUCAACUACACUUUUUUCUAUCCAUGUGCUAACCAAACUCGCCUCGUUCUCUAAUCCUCCUUUAACUGGCUUAACCCACAUCUGCGAUCACGCGCUUGAUCAGAAAUCAUGCUUAUCCAUAGUCUCAGAAACAUCGCAUGGCACAACCAAGCCAAUGAGUGGUGCUGAUCUAUUACAAACCAUCCUACAAAAUUCCAUACCACAAUUACAAAAAACCCUAGAGAUUGCCAAAGUUGCUCACUCUCGGAUCAACAGUCCGAAAGAUCGGGCGGCUAUUGUUGAUUGCGUGGAGCUGAUGGAUGUGACCAAAGACAGAGUUAUGGACUCCAUGGUAGCUCUCCAGAAAUUUGGUGCACAGAAUUAUUAUUCCCUUGAAGAUGUGCAUGGUUGGCUUAGUAGUGUACUCACUAACCAUGUCACUUGUUUGGAUGGACUUGAAGGUCCGGCCAGGACUAUGAUGGAGCCUUGGCUCAAUGACUUGGUAUCAAGAUCAAGAGCCUCCCUAGCCAUUGUGGUUGCAAUUUCCGAUCCAUCAAAGUCAAACACAAUUAAGGAGCGGCUGGACGGGAAUUUUCCAACGUGGGUCACAAGCAAGGACAGAAGGCUUUUGCUGGAUUCUAAUUUGGCAAAGGAAAGUAAUGCUAAUGCUGUGGUUGCAAAGGAUGGGAGUGGGAACUAUAAGACUGUGAAAGAAGCAGUGGCGGCUGCACCAGAUAAUAGCAAAACCAGGUACACUAUUCAUGUGAAAAAGGGAACUUACAAGGAAAAUUUCGAGGUCGGGAAGAAAAAGAAGAACUUGAUGAUUACUGGAGAUGGCAUGCAUAACACAAUCAUCACUGGCAGCCUCAAUGUUGUUGAUGGAGCAACCACUUUCAACUCCGCAACUCUAGCUGCUGUUGGUGAUGGAUUUAUAGCCCAAGACAUUUGGUUCCAAAACACCGCUGGGGCAGCAAAGCACCAAGCUGUUGCACUCCGGGUUGGGGCGGAUCAGUCCGUGAUAAACAGGUGUCGUAUCGACGCCUACCAAGACACUCUCUAUGCCCACUCCAACAGGCAAUUCUACAGAGAUUCCAACAUCACAGGGACAGUGGACUUCAUAUUCGGAAAUGCAGCUGUUGUGUUUCAGAACUGUAAAAUCGUGGCCAGAAAGCCCAUGACCGGACAAAACAACAUGGUCACAGCACAAGGACGUAUAGACCCGAAUCAAAACACUGCUUCUAUUCAAAAAUGCGAUGUAGUUGCGAGCUCGGACUUAGAGCCCGUGAAAGGGACGAUCCGAACUUACUUGGGUCGUCCAUGGAAGGAGUACUCAAGGACUGUUGUGAUGCAGUCCAAGAUUGGUGACCACAUUGACCCAGCUGGGUGGUCUAUUUGGUCUGGGGAUUUUGCAUUGAAAACAUUGUAUUACGGAGAGUAUGCAAAUAGUGGGCCUGGUGCUGGUACUAACAAGAGAGUGAAAUGGGCUGGGUACCAUGUGAUCAAAAGCCCAAAAAAGGCCCAACCUUUCACUGUCGCGAACCUUAUACAAGGUGGGUCGUGGUUGAAGUCUACCGGGGUGACUUAUACCGAAGGAUUGUGAGUUCGGGAAUCGUUUGAUUGGCGUUUUGCGUUCCGUUUUGAGUUCACCGUUUUCAGUUUGGGUAGUUUUUUCAAUAAAUAAAUUAUUGUGCAUGUGGUCCAAUAUCGUAGUAGAUAUGUCGUUGAGUUUCUACCCAUACUUUUCGGGUUCGUAACUUCUUCCCCUUGUAAAUUAUUUUAAUAAUUUUGAAUCUUACUUCUCCUCCUUAAUAGUGAUAAAUAAAUUAUUAUGGCAUUUUGUUCAA